AUGGCGUCGCAACAAACAGCACCUGCCAACACCAGGCCGAGAACCCGCGUCGCCGUCGUUGGUACCGGACUGGCUGGGCUCACUACGGCAUACCUCCUCCAAAACGACGCCCAGUCUAGGUUCGACGUUGCGCUCUUCGAACAGGCAGAAACGCUUUCCCUCGAUGCGGCAUCCGUGACCUUGCGCAAUGCCUCGACGGGCAUCACCGAGCGCGUCAACAUACCCCCGCGGAGCGUCACCCGCGGUUACUACCCGAACCUGACCCGCAUGUACGACUUUCUACGAAUACCGCUCCGCACCGUGCGAUACACCUUCCUGUACGCCGAGACCCCGUCGUCGAGCAAGUCCUCGAAGCCCGGACCGCCCCCACCGCAAAGCAGCGACCCGAUGGCCGGCACGUACUUUGCUUACGAGAACCUCUACAAGCCCGUGCUGUCGGCGCGCCUCAGCUGCAGCGGGCUGCAGCAGCUUUGGCAGGCGCUCUUCCUGGCCGUCUGCCACCUCUGGUUCCUCGCCGCGUGCUUCCUCGUCGCGCCUCGCGCCGCCGCCGCCGCCGCCGCCGCCACCGAGAAGACGAGCACGAGCACGAGCACGAGCACGAGCAGCGAGUCGCUGCAGGCGUACCUGCGCCGGACCCGCGUCCCGCGGCGGUUCGUGGACCGCCACCUGCUGCCGGUGCUCGGCGCCAUCUGCACCUGCUCGCACAAGGAGCUGCUGGCGUUUCCGGCCAGCGACGUGGUCGACUUCAUGACGAGGUCCUCGCUGCAGACGACGUACAUGACGGACGGCGUGCACGACCUGCAGUCCAAGCUGGCGCGGGGCGUCACGGACGUUCGCCUGCGGGCGCGGGUGAGCAAGGUGGAAAGGGUGGCCGGCGGGGUGCUGGUGCGGUGGGAGCGGCUGCAGGGCGACGGGUCGGUGGCGGAGGAGGUGUUUGACCGCGUGGUGCUCGCCGUGACGCCCAACGCGGCGGCCAGGAUGUUCGGCCCGGCCGGCCGCGCGCUCUCGUCGAUCCCCACGGCCGCCAUCGAGGCCACGGUCAUCGACCCGUCCUACAAGCGGGUGUCCGUCGAGGAGCGGGGACAAGCACCUUCGGGGCGGCUGCUCUCGCACAACGGCCAUCCUCAGCUCAUGGUCUUCCGGACGCACUUCUACGACGGCGACGCGCAGACGGAGGCGUGGAACUACCUGCCGACGGGGGCGAUUUGCAGGACGAGCCCGUACGCGUACGCCUCGGAUGAGGGGGCGGUGCUGCACAAGGCGCGCUUCACGCGGACGCUGCGGACAACGGAGAGCAGGAGCGUCGUCGAGCGGGUUGUGGGCAAGGCCAGGUCUACCGAGACAGAGGCCUGGGUCAGCGGCAAGGACAACGUGUGGGUCACGGGCUCGUGGUGCUGGGACGGCAUGGUGCUGCUGGAGGGCUGCGUGGUGUCGGCGAUGAGGGUGGCGGACGAGUUUGGCGUGGAGGUUCCGUGGAGGGACGAGUAA